CAGAGCGGGCGCGCUUCUUCCUAGUCAGCGCGAUGGCCGUGACGCUGCCCGGAGUAAAAGAACGAAGACGGAUUUUGCAUUCUUUUUGAGAUUGAACCAAAAUCUACUAAAAUGAAUUUCCAGAGUCUUCGAAUUGGACUUUGUCAAAUUUUAAGCUUCGAGGAAAGCAGGGGAGAAAGCCACCGGGCAGAAAGGGGAAGUCGCCACUUUUACUUUCUCCUCAUGGCCAUACCUUUCCUCUUUUUUAAACAGAAUUCGGAUUUUGGAACAAAGGAGAGCCGAUCACUCGACUUGUUCAACCAAAUAGGAUUUUAGACCUUUAGUCCCCUCUCUUGUUCUGUGUGGCCGGAGUGCCUGGGAGAGCGGAGGCUUUGUGGCCGUUUGUCUGCCGUCGAUCAUCGGACGCAAAGUAUGGCUGCGGAUCAAGAGGUUUGUGCGGCUUCGUGCACCAACUGCACCCUUCUCUUAGAGAGGUUGUCCCUGCUAGAGGGACGUGUCCGCCAGUUAGAGCAGAAUUGCGCGAUAACUUUAGAUGUGGCGGAUACAGACGCGGGCUGUAGUCAGCCCGCUAGCCCAGUUAGCAUUAGUCCCAAGCGGCUUGCUAAUCGCGAUGAGCCAGGUAAGACGCAUAGCCGUCCAAAGUCAUCUCGGUCUACUGGCCCUCGCACUUUGGUCAUAGGUGACUCCAUUACCCGGAAUAUUACGCUUAAAAAUCCCGCCACGGUAAUGUGUAUUCCUGGGGGCAGAGCACCCGACAUAGAAGCUAAUCUUAGGGAGCUGACUCGCAAUAGGUCUAGUCAACAGCGUAGUUCCAUCAACACUAGCUACUCGGACAUAGUGAUACACGUCGGCUCCAAUGAUGUUAGGAUGAGGCAAUCGGAGAUCACAAAGAGAAACAUAGCGAGGACUUGUGAUCUUGCCAGAAAGAUGAGUCGGCAUCGAGUAUUUGUCUCUGGCCCCCUGCCUGGGAGAGGCACUGAUGAGAGGUUUAGUAGAUUAAUCUCCCUUAAUUGAUGGAUGGCUGGGUUCUGUAAGAAGCAGGGACUGUAUUUUAUAGAUAACUGGCCUUCCUUCUGGGGCCGCCCCGACCUGCAGAGGAAGGACGGCCUUCACGCUAACCGUGCAGGCGCCUUCACUCUUUCUAGGAAUAUAGAUUACUGUUUGAGCCACACAUGACAGGUCACUUUAGAGCAGGCCGGGUCACAGGUGAUUAGACCACCUGUCAAAAUGGGUUUGGAGUCUGUUAAGAUAAAGUUAACUAGCGCUAGGCUAGACUCCCAGCAUGCACAUAGCUCCUUGUGUAGACUAGAGCGUGAUAGUUUGAAUAGUGCUACAGUACACAUAAAUGCACUUUCUACUGGGGUAGUAGACAAAUCCAAUCACUCCACCCCGACCGGUUUUGCUGAUGAAACGGUGCCGGUUUCAGAUAAUUUUACACGUGUAACAAAUAUUUACUAUCAGAUUCCCACGGUCGUAUCAUCCCACCGUACUAACAAACAUUUGAGAGGUGAUGUCAGGCCUAGAGAACACAAUCUUACUCGCAUCUCGUAUAAAUAUCCUUCGAUAGAUACGCACCCGGAUGGACCAAUUACACUUAAACUUGGUUUUAUAAAUAUUAGAUCGCUUCAUACGAAAGCCAUUCUCGUUAAUGAUCUCAUCACAGAACAUAAUCUAAACGUUUUUGGUCUCUGCGAGACCUGGUUAAAACCUAAUGAACUGAUGCCGCUUAAUGAGGCCUCGCCUCCAAAUUUUGUGAGCUCGCAUGUGGCGCGUCCUCGAAAAAAGGGUGGGGGUGUCGCCCUCAUCUCGAAUUCCGAGCUUAGUUUGAGGCCUCGUUCGAUCAACGUAUUUAAAACAUUUGAGGUUCUCACUGUCCGAUCCACUGCUUUACCGUCAUUUUAUCUUGCUGUUAUUUACCGUCCACCCGGGGCUUACUCUGGCUUCCUGGAUGAAUUUUCAGAAUUUAUGGCUGAUCUAGUAACCAAUGCGGAUAAUAUAAUUAUCAUGGGCGAUUUCAACAUCCACAUGAAUUUACCGUCAGAGCCACUUACUUCAGCGUUUCAGACUUUAACUGAUACGUUUGGUUUUACGCAAGCCGUACAGGCAGCAACGCAUAAGAUCUGGUAUUAUCCCGAGGAGUUGCAACCUCAAAUAUAGCAGUACUGCCAUACACUACUGUUUUGUCUGAUCAUUACUUAAUAAAGUUUGAAAUUCUAGUUCCUUGUCAAAGACAAGAGAGCAAUCAGCAUUAUUGGAGCCGUCAUUUCAACUCCAUGACUGCAACUGCGCUAUCUGAGAUACUGUCGCCGGCAACCGCUAUAUUUCUCACAUACGCCGGCUCUAUUGAUAAUCUUACAAAUGAAUUCAAUGCGACAUUGUUAAAUGCCAUUGACGCUGUGGCGCCGUUACGUCUGAAAACUCGCCGUAGAGUGCCUACUCCGUGGUUCACAGAUGAAACGCGUACGCUUAAGCAAUUAUGUAGAAAGCAUGAGCGCAGAUGGCGUCUAACCAAACUUGAGGUUUUCCAUCAGGCAUGGCAGGAUAGCCUCCUGAAAUAUAAAGAUGCGCUUAUCUUAGCAAAAACUCGGUAUUUUUCGCAAGUUAUUAAUCUCAAUAAAAAUAAUCUGAAACACCUAUUUGAUACAGUGGCAAAGCUGACUCUGCGCCAGCCGACCACCGAUAGUUCCUUCCACUCAGCUGACAAGUUCAUGAAAUUUUUUUGCUCAAAAGAUUGAAUCCAUUAGGGAUGAGAUCAAGAAUACCGUUCCAAUAUCUCGGUCGAGCUCGCCGUUUACCAACGCUGAUGAUCAUGCAACAACCCUCUCAACUUUUAAAAGCGUGUCUCUUGAAAGGCUUACACAAUUGGUUAGUGCGGCUAAACAAACAACAUGUUUACUCGACCCUCUUCCAGCCAAACUACUUAAAGAAUUAUUUCAAAUUUUAGGACUGUCCGUCUUAAAUAUAAUCAAUCUGUCUAUCUCCUCUGGGAUAGUGCCAACAGCCUUUAAAUCAUUAAACCGUUACUUAAGCAACCAAAUCUUGACCCGGACUGUCUCAGUAAUUAUAGGCCAGUUUCAAACCUCCCAUUCAUAGCAAAACUUCUUGAAAAAGUAGUAGCGCAGCAGCUUAUCGAUUACAUGGUCGCCAAUAAUCGAUAUGACACUUUUCAGUCUGGUUUUAGAGCUAAUCAUUCCGACAGCACUUGCUCAAGUGACUAACAAUCUCCUCAUAGCUAUGGAUUCAAACACUUCGUCUGUACUGUUACUACACGAUCUUAGUGCUGCCUUCGACACUGUAGACCUUGAUAUUUUAUUAGGGCAUCUUAAAAGUUGUGUUGGUAUUUCAGGGUCAGCACUAGGCUGGUUCCAUUCCUAUCUAUCAAACAGGACGCACCGAGUGGUCCAUGGCAAUGAGUCCUCGGAGCUCUAUAAUGUUACGUGUGGUGUCCCAUAGGGAUCGGUUCUCGGACCAAUUCUUUUUAAUAUUUUUAAUUCCGCUUGGGGACAUAAUACGUAAAUAUAAUAUUAGUUUUCAAUGCUAUGCGGAUGACACCCAACUAUAUAUGCCGUUAUCGAUGACAGAUCCGCGGGAUUGUUGUAAUCUUGAGGCGUGCCUUGCGGAGAUCAAGCAAUGGAUGUCUCUCAACUUUCUUCGUCUUAACCCAGAUAAAACAGAGAUGUUGAUAAUUGGUCCAACUCGUUGUCAACACUUAUUCAAGGAAACCGCUAUAACUAUACAUAACCGUACUAUCACUCAAAGCGAUACUGUAACUAAUCUCGGGGUAAUAUUUGACCAAACUCUCUCCUUUCAAAAGCACAUUAAGAAUAUAACCAGAAUUGCGUUUUUUCACCUUCGUAAUAUUGCAAAGAUUCGUCCGAUCCUCUCGACCGGUGAUGUGGAAACUAUUAUACAUGCGUUCGUCACGUCGCGCCUGACAGUUAGUACAAAAUGCUGCUGCAAGGCUGCUCUCUCGGAAAGAAAAUUUGAUCACAUUACCCCAAUACUAGCCAACUUACAUUGGCUCCCGGUCCAUUUAAGAUGUGACUUCAAGGUUCUUCUAUUAACCUAUAAAUCACUGCAUGGCUUAGCGCCUUCAUAUCUCGUCGACCUAGUUGUUCCUUAUGUUCCGUCUCGUAACCUUCGUUCGCAAAACGCUACCCUUUUAGCGACACCAAGGGCCAAGAAAAUGUCUGCAGGCUCUAGAGCAUUUUGUAUUCGGGCUACAGAGCUUUGGAAUGCCCUACCAAUGGAUAUUAGGACUGCUACCUCAGUAGAAACAUUUAAGACACGUUUAAAGACACAUUUCUAUGACAUGGCCUUUAACUAACCUGUAGUGGCCGAUUCGGCUGGAGUUUGUUUUCUCUCCCUCUCCACUCCCUCCCUCCCCCCUCCCCGGCCGGGGAGGUGGUUAGGUGGCACCCAUGCUGACAGCGGCUAUCUGGAUUCUCGUGGGCCAAUUCAGGAUGGGGGAACUGCAGCUCAACCUCCUCGAAAACACUGCCAGGUCAAUUGAGGGCUCCUUCGGCAGCCCUCUGCUCUGACAUGGACAUCCACUUUUUAUUUCAUUGAUUUUCAUGUAUCAUUUGUGCCCUCUCUGCAUCCAUUUCAACCUGGUGAUCCUGAAAGGGGGAUCCUUCCAUCUGUGGUCCCUUCUCAAGGUUUCUCAUUUUCCCCCGGUAGGGGUGUUUAAGUUUUUCCUUGCCCUUUUGGGAGCUUAAGAUCAGGGGAUGCUUUGAGAAUAAUUGUCAAUUUCUGUCUAUGUGAAGCCCUUUGAGACUGCUUGUGAUUUAGGGCUAUACAAAUAAAUUUUAAUUGACUUGACUUUGCCUUAAUCAGUACCCAAUAAGUAG